AUGGAGCGAAGUAGGAUAAUAAUUGAAACUGGUCAGCAACCUGACACAUACCUGGCAAUCCUCUUUGGCUGGGCUGGGUGUAAGGACCGUUACCUGUCAAAAUAUUCGGAAAUAUAUAAGGAUGCUGGAUUUACCGUACUUCGUUACACACCUGACAUUCGGAAAGUGCGUUCGUACAGCUCGUUUGAAAAAUUUGCACAUAAAGUCUAUCAAGAAUGCCUACACAACAGCAAUUUUUCCAUGAUAUUGUGCCACGUUUUCAGUAUGAAUGGUGCAUCAACGUUCAGCUGUUUGUGGGAAGUACUGGGCAAGGUGGAUGAUGGCAAAGCGAUUAAAAAGAAGAUAAAGGGUGUUAUCUUUGACAGUUCACCGGCAUUUACGACUCCAUGGCAAUUUGCUGUCGCUGUAUCGUUGGCACUUCUUCCGGCAACUAAAUUAGGAAUUAUGAUGCGCGGAAUCUAUAGAAUCUGCUUCUCUGGAGUAUUUUUUUUCUUCAACUUACGAGUUCGUCUUAAGGCAUGUUGGGAAACGAAUGCUUGGGAGAAAAACUAUAGUUAUUAUCAUCUGUGUGCUACAGAAGACUUGCCCAAGAAGCAGCUGUUUAUCUACAGUAAAAGCGACAACAUCUGCUUGUGGAGAAGUAUUGAAAAAUUUAUUGAAAAACAGAAAUUGCUGGGCGUUGAUGCUACAAAACUGAUGUUUGAAGACUCACGACACUGUGAGCAUUUUCGACUUUAUCGGAAUGAAUAUGUCACGUCAUGUAUGCAAUUUUUUAAAUCGCUAGCAGAUACAGAUGUACAUUUGGAUAAUCCACAGCCACCAUUGAGAAGCGAAAGUAUUUCAAUUUAA